AUGGCCCUGAUCCGGCGUCUGCUCCCUGGGGGCCCUGGCUCAUCGGCAGGCAGCCUGGAUCCGGUGGGCCCAGAGGGCAGCCCAGGAGCCCACGGUCAGGAGGUGGUGGCUGCGAGGGCUCUGCUGACACGCCCGGUGUGGGAGCCCAGCAGCUGCCUGGACCACAGCUUGGGGGGCCCUGGAUCCACGAGCCCUCUCCCCACCCCAGGGCCAGCUGCAGAGGACCGAGCAGCCACUGUCAUCCAGUGUGCCUUCCGGCAGCUUCUGGCGCGAAAGGGGCUGGCCCUCCGGCGGCAGGAGCACAGCGAGUAUCUGGAGCAGAUGGAGAAGCUGCAGAAGGAGGCCUUCCUGGCCCUGGUGCACCAGGAGCGGGAGGCAGCUCGGCGACAGAGGGAGAAAGAGGAGGAAGCCGAGCGGCGGCGGCAGGAGGAGCGGCAGCGCCAAGCGCGUCUGCUGGAUGCAGCCUUCGAGGGCAACCUGGGGGAGAUCACUGCUGUCCUGCGGGAGGUCGAUGAGCUGCUGACUGGCGAGGGCGUGGGCCACGACGAGGCGGGCAUGGCCCAGCGGCGACGGCGGCGCGUGGCCCUGCUGGAGUGCGAGGACCCCCGCGGGAACACACCGCUGUCCGAGGCUGCAGCAGGCGGGCAGCCCCUGGCCAUCAGGCUGCUGGCCGAGCAGGGCGCUAGCCCCAACUGCAAGGGCGCCUUUGGCAGGACGCCGUUAUACCGAGCCGCUUUCGGGGGCCACCUGGAGGCUGUGGAAAUGCUUCUGAAGCUCGGAGCUGACCCCCGGGUGUAUGCGGAGGAUGGGAGCACCCCGGAGCAGGUGGCCUCGCUGGACGCUGUGGCCAGCGUGCUGCGGUCGUGGGACCUGAGCCUUACAGAGGCCAUGCUCCGGAACAUGGAGGCCGAGCGGCAGCGCCGGGUGCAGGAGGCCGAGCAGCACCGGGAGGCAGAGGCCAAGCGCAUGAACCUCGAAGUGCAGCAGCUGGCGAAGGAACGGCAGCAGUGCCACAAAAAGCUGCAGCAGGCCUACUGCGAGCUCAGCCGGAGGACUGCCGAGCACGACCACUGUGAACAGAGACGCAUGGGCAAGGCCCAGCUCACGCUGCAGGCCAUCAAAGACGCAGAGGCUCAAGUGGACAGGCUGCGGCAGGAAGCCCAGAAGGCUGAGGAGAGGCUGGCUAUGGCCAGGCUGGAGCUGCGGGAGCAGACCCAGGAGGGGGAGGAGGAAGUCCUGGGGCUGAAGUGCCAGGUCACCGAGCUGCAUGACGUGCUAAUGAAGGAUGUGGGCGACCGAAUCCAAGCUGACGGCCGGUGGCCUCUUGUUAUCGACCCUUCCGGCCAGGCAGCCACCUUCCUGCGCUACCAGGACACCAACUACGUGGAUGCGGUGAACCCAGACCACCUGCGGCCGGAGAGGAUCCGGCUGGCACUGCUGGGGGCACUCAGGUACGGGAAGCCGCUGGUGUUCGACCUGCGUGAGGUGGACUUGUUUCCAGUGGUGCAGCAGCAGCUGGAGGCAGUGCAGCGGGGCCUGGCCCAGGAGCUGCUGAGCCGCCGGCUGCUGGAACAGGACAGGUACCUGUCGCUGCUGUGGCCCACAGACGGGCCGGAGUACGGCCCCACCCAGUUCCAGGAGGCCCGUCUGGGGCAGUUCCGCCUCUUCUUUGUCACCAAGGUUCCAUGGCCCCCAGCUGAGCAGCUGCAAGUCUUGCUCCCAGUGCAUGUCCAGCUGCCCAGGGGAGGCCUUUGA